CCCACAACACAACGAGGCCAGGCGCGCAGCCAGGGCCCGAGCACUCAUCAAGACUGCCCUGCAGAACCCAGAGCUCGCGUCCUUUGUCGACGUGGCGCAGUAUCCCAGAUCAAACUCGUACGCGGCCACGAUAGUUGACCCCCAGGGCAAAAUCCUGAACGCAGCGUCCAUCCAACACUCGACGGCGUCCGUCGCAGAGCAAGUCGCAGUAGCGCUGGCUCUGUGCGAUCCCGGGCGCACCCAGAUCUUCACAGACUCCAGGUCGGCGGCGAUGGCCUUUCUCGCCGGCUCGGUCUCGGCCGAGGCUGCGGCGGUGCUUAGGACCCGCAAGCCAGGCACGGUCCGUCACGUCAUCACUUGGUUCCCGGCUCACAUGGACCGGAACGUCUCUCCCGGCUCGAUCAACCCCAAUGAGCUGGCCCACGACCAGGCGCGAGGUCUCGUCAACCGCGCCGGUCUGAGGGGCCCGGCUUUGCAGGGGAUCGACCGGACCACGGACCUGCUGCUUACUUUUCACGACAUCACGGCUCACUACCAGCUGGGUCGCAGGCAGUUCCUAGCUCCUCACCCGAAGCUCGGCAGACCCCAGGCCUCGGUGUUGAGAAUGCUGCAGACGGGCUCAUUUCCGUCUCGAUCUAGGCUGAGCCACUACGCUCCGGGUGUGGAUCCCCGCUGCCCCGACUGCGGCGAGGAAAGGCAAGAAGACUGGGAAGAAGCCGUCAAGAGCGACGACCUUCAUAUUCAGCUUCGGGCUGUCCAAAGGGCUUGCGAAAGGGCUGAAGAUCACGGUCUUCCGCCCCCGGUGCAGGUGCGGCCCGCGACUACGACAAAGUAGUCCCUUAGGACAAAAUAAAGUUUCUUGUCUGUCUGU